AAAUUCGGCGAAUUUUCAGCCAUUGUCACUCCUUUCGGUAUUUUCUAAUUCAACACACUCCUUAAUACUCUAAUACUAGUCAUUGGACGCGGUCGACGUCUCACUCCCUCGACUCGAUCAACCCGUAUCUUAAUACUGCACUUGGAUUCCUGGAGAACUCGGAGCGCUCGACCCUCUUUUCGACAGCCCAUCUCAUGCCACCCGUCAAGAUGGCGUGCGCGGGUUACUCGACCGACAACACCUUCUUCGUCGAGUCUGACGAACCCGGCCAGCGCAUGACGAUGCGUGAUGCUGCCAAGAUGCUUGCGCGGAACAAGCAGGAGAUGAUCGCCAACGAACUCUCAAGGCUGGCCUGUGACGAGUAUCUGGAAGACAUCAUGCAGCACAUGCGCCACAUGGAGGACGAGACAUUACCGGACGCGAACCUCAUCGACAUGCAGCGCGAGAUCCAAUGGUUUAUGCGGCCGUAUCUCAUCGACUUCCUCAUCGAAGCCCAUGCCGCCUUCUCUCUCCUCCCAGAGACACUCUUCCUCACUGUCAACCUCCUGGAUCGGUACUGCUCGAAACGGGUUGUGUACAAGCAGCACUACCAGCUGGUCGGCUGUGCCGCCCUUCUGAUCGCUGCGAAGUACGGGGACAAGAAGGACAGAGUGCCUCAGAUCAACGAGCUCAACAACAUGUGCUGCGGACUCUAUGAUGCGGGCAUGUUCACGCAGAUGGAGAUGCACGUCCUGAAUACGCUGGACUGGUGCAUCGGACACCCCACCGUCGACUUCUUCACUCAGUUAGUUGUGGCCGAGGAGCGAGACAGCAGGGAAGUGGAGCACAUGGCGUCCUAUAUCUGCGAAAUUGCUCUCUACCACCGAGACUUUGUGUCGACAAAACCGUCGGUCAUGGCACGGGCCUCGCUCGCGCUCGCCCGUGCCAUCCUGGGCAAACCCGAGGUCAACGACGGUGAAUGGGAUCACUCGGACAACGUGACGCUGCUCGCGCUGUCGCAGCACCUGCAUCAACCUUCGGUCACGCUGGCCAGGAAAUACUCGAGCCAGCACUACUCGAGAGUGUCGACCAAGCUUGCCGACUUCCUAGCGCAGCAGGCCGCCAUUGCACGGAGAGGAGCGCUGCCCUCACCGGCCUCGGAACACCCGUUGUCGAGCGAGUCGCCGGACGUUUACAGCACCCCUCACAAGGGGCUUGGUGCUGUUCCCGGCGUCGCUGACGGUUAUAUGACGCCUCCCAUUACCCCCGACGGCACUUGCUUUGGCCAUAACAACACGAUGAUGAAGGACUACCAGGUGCCGCCUCGCUGCCCUGUCACCCCGACUCCUCAACCAACGAGCCACGCCCCGUCAUACCAGCAGCCGCAUCUCGCGCUACAACAACAACAACAGCAGCAGCAGCAGCAGCAGCAGCAGCAGCAGCAGCAACAACAACAACAUAUGACGGGCGCGUCCUACUUCGGCGGUACCGCGUCUCAUAUGUCCUUCUGAAGCGGUGGUUCGCCGGGCAGACCCGGACGUGGCUGAGCUGAUGAGCUGCUGAUGUGCUUCGUUCCAUCUCGACUCAUUACCCCGUAGGGAACACGGGGCUCCG